ACAACUGAAACGUCACUUUCGAUCUAAUAAAAAUAGCCCAAACGCUUUAUUUAUUUUUGUUUCACAAAUGAUCAUUGUUGUAAAUUAAGUAUUAUGACAUCGGCGUAAACAAGACGAGUUCGAACGGAACCGUGAAAGUUCAACGGACGUUGUCACAUCACUAAAACGAGGUUUUAUUCGUCCAAAACUGUGAUGUUUCUAGAUUUAUACAACAACAACAAGUUGAAAUGUUACCAGCGGUGAUGUUUAAUAUGGAUGAAAGUACAAACGGUGUCACACCUAAUUCAAAUUUCGGUUACGAGGACAACAUAAUAUUGAACUGUGUUAGGAAUAGGAAAAAAGUUACAGAACUGCCGAAUUGUCCGGUAUGCAGUUGUACGAUACGCCAGGGAGAGUUGGAGAGUCAUUUAGCGUUAGAAGUUGAGAGAUUAAAUAAACUGUCCAGUGCUAGUUCUAAGCGGAAACUGAGUUCGAACAGUCCCGGGUCCAACCCGAUGCCCGGGUCCAGUUCUAGUGUUGAUAACCAAGAGGAAGUUGAUGUGUCUGGCUGUACGGGCAGUGAUGCUUACCAGAGAAUCCAUUCAAACCGUCUCAAAAGACUCCGAGCCCGCCGUCGUAGCCCUCCGCCCCAACAGGGCGAGUGCCCCGUGUGUAACGAACUCCUCCCCAUGUCGAGGCUUCAGAGACACGCCCUCAGAUGCCUUAAGCGAACCGGGGCUGUACUCGAUGAAGAUGUGCCAGACACCAGCUCCGAAGACGGCAGCAUUGACGUCGAGAACGAUGAGCCGUCUACCUUCGGCUCGGAGUACCAGUGGUGUGGUGAGUGGAGGGUGCGGGCCGCCGCCCUCCAGGACGGGGAGGGCCGCCUCGGGACCAGUGUAAGGAGAGCCUCCACUGAUCAGGCGCUGGUCGUGGACGGUGACGAGGACGCCGAAUUAUACGGACCCCCGCAGUACUCGCCCUCCAGGAUAGCUCCAGAGGCUGACAUCCCCGAAGCCGAGGAUCCGAGGGAGAGAGAUUCCGACAGUGAGGUAGUGACGAAACAGAACGGCUUAGUCGAGGCCAGCGCAGAGACCAGGAUACAAGCGUUGAAAGAGAAAAUCAAAGAAUUGGAAAAGAAACAGAAUUCGUCAUUGGAGGCCAAAUGUCUCAUAUGUCUUGGAGGGUACACGUCUCCCGCUGUGUCAAUACAAUGCUGGCAUGUUUAUUGUGAGGUCUGUUGGCUGCAAUCUUUAAGGGCUAAGAAGAUCUGCCCUCAGUGCAACGCUAUCACAACAGCCGAACAUCUCAGAAGGAUAUAUAUGUGAAUAGAGUAAUAGAUAUCAUUAAGGGACCUGUACCGGGAUUGUUUGAGAGGAAUUUAACCGUUUACAUGAUUUAAACACCCUGUAUACAGGGACGACCCGCCAUUUUGUCUGCUUAUAAUACAGCUACAUAUUUUUCUUAUACAAAGUAGUCUUACAGAGUGAAAAGUGUUGGUGCCAUUUAGAUAUUAUCUGGAACAACACAACAGACAGACGGAAAAUAUGAAAUUUAUUUGUUCUGGUGUAUAUAUAUAUAUAUUAAUUUGUCACAUAACUUACUUUUACUUAGUCGGUUAAUAAUUAAAAUAAAACCUAUAGUGAACGUGCACUUGGUAUAAAUAACUCUUUAAACAGUUCUGGUAACGAGCCCCACAGCAAGCUUUAAGUGGAAGCAGUGUCCUUAGUAUUGGUUUGAGCUGCCAACUCGAAUACCGACAGUGUUGUAGUAAAUCAAAUUUAAUCAGUCUUCAGUUUCUUCUUUAUUCGCUGAAUUAACUCAAUACUGAUGGUUUGUGAGUUGAAAAUUCAAAUUUUUACUAAACAAAUUGCUUAGUAAGGGUUUUGAUUGUUAACAUAAUGACUGUAAGUUUGAAGGUUUUGGGUUUUGUUAAGUUA